CAGAGAGCGGAGGUUGCGGUUAGAAGGUUUAAAGCCGGGUCCACACAGUGUCGCGGCUCGCCGCUAUGGCCGCGUACCACCUGACCAUCUACGCCCAACGAUACACAACAACGCAACCUGUCCGGCAUCGUGCAUCGCAUCGUACUCACGGUGCCGUACGUCCGACCGACUGGUACCAGUACGGUACCAGUUGCCCUGCAGCCGGCCACGCGCGCGCGCCUUCCUUCUCCCGUCUAAACGUCGCCAUCGCCGAUCCCAUGAUUCGAUCGAUACGCCGCUACGCCGACCGAGAUCAUCGACCGACAACAGCCCAACAAUCGCCGUCCUCCUUUCGUCCAAGGGACGACGACCAAGGGAUCUCCACCUUCGCCCACUGAGAGAGAGAGAGCGAAGACGAGCCCUCGUUACAUCGGCUUGGUUACGCGGCAAAAAAGAGAGGCGAGAGAAGCGUGCUGGUUGCGGCAGGUCACGAGGAACGGGUCUUAAGAUGGCCUACAUUAUCCGGCCUUAUCGGUGAGAGAAAGAAACAGGGAGGAGAGAAGAGGCGACCACGUGGCGGGAGAAACGGUCGAGAUAAUAGCCGGACGGAAAGAAAAAUGGGACAAGCUUGGUGCAAGGAGAAGACCUCGAAGGCACAGGACUCCAAAUCACCUCUGGAUCGAGUCUUCGUACGAUGCGCGCAUCGGAUCUACCCCAGUUUGAAGGAAGAGGGAUCGAUGUUGGGCGGUGGCACGCAAAGAGUGACAAGGUGGGUUAACGAAUGGGGCUCGAAUCUGAGGGACGCGACACCGAUUCCACCGCCGAGACGUCGAAAGCGGAACAAGGGCAGGCCUUUGCCGCCUAAACCGGACGAGGUGAGCGCCGAGAACCCGUCCAACCGGGAGGAGGCCGGCAACGAACCGUUAUACUCGUCGGUGAGGUCGCCGAAAAGCAGCGGGGACGAGCAGGAGGCGGAAGAGAAGACGAGGCCGACGUACGAGAGCGACGGUAAAAGGAGCGUUAAGGAGAUUUAUCAGCACAAGGUUAACGGGACCGGAAGAAUAAUAUCGAGCGACGUGGUUUCCGGGAGAAGGUGGUGUCGGGAAAGCGACGAGUACGAAAGAUUCGCCAACAGCCGCACGAGCAGGGAUUCCUCCACCCCGAAGCGCGAGGAGAAGAGGAAAUGGAGGCAAGGGGAGAAGCGAACGGAGGCGGAGGAGGAGGAGGAGAAGUGGAGCGGUAACGCGAGGCACAAACACUCGAGCACCGUCAGCCUGCCGAAUUACGACGAGUUGGACACGGCUAGGCAUCGAUCGAGGGACCACGAGAUCGAGAACACCACUCGUCCGAGGAGGCCCGUCAGGAGCAGCACCGUCUCGCUCCCCGCCGAAUCCUUCCUCUCCCCAUUUUCCGAGAAAACGAGCGUGCGAUUGGAGGAUUACGUUCCAAGGUCCGAUAACCUAUCCCCGUAUCAGGUUAUAGAGAAGUUGGGCAGAGCGAACGGAAUGGUGAAAGAGUACGAGUACGUGAAGUACGACUCGAGCAAAGCGGAGCAUUGGGAAUUGAGCGACGUCGGAUACGACUCGGAAAUUCAGGAUAAAACUUGGGACGAGGAGGCGGACGCGGCCCAUUUCUCGAUCGGUUCUCGAGAAGACGAAAGGAGGAGAUCCCCCUCGAUAAACGGAGGCCACGUUUCUCCGGUCCGGUUGGAGAAGCCCGAAGCGUUCGGAAAAACGGCAUCCCCGCUGGUCGACCGAGCGGAACAGCUCGAUCCAAAUAGAUCUCACUCGAGACGCUACGACGAUCCACCACCUGUCACGGCAAACUGUUGCAACAAAAUUAUCGGCGAGUCGUCACCCUUCCAAGAGCCGUUCUUCUUGGACGAGGCGAAACACCGUUCCGUUUUAGAUACGAUCGAAGGGGCCGAAUCGAGGAUCACGACCGAGGAGGAGGAGGAGGAGGAGGAGGAGGAGGAGUUACGCUCCACAGCUCUGAUCAGAACCAUCUCCGAGGAGUCGUUGCCGCGCGAGAUGCUGGAGGAACCGGAUGACGACUUCUUCGACGAGAAACUGGCCAAGGACGCGCGCAACAAUAAUAUGAAAAAGUGCCUCGUGGACGAUUGGAACGGAAGGAGCGGCGGCACACCGCCGCCCAGCCCCGAGCCCAAGAUCAAACCCACGGUCCUCGAUCCCGAUCAUUCCACCCUGUUCAAGAUCCUCAAGGAGGAGGCAGCGGAGGAGAGCAACGUGAGCUCCAUGACGCCCAGCCUCACCGAGCUCGAGGCCGCUCUCUCCGACAUGUUGGAGAAGGAGGACUCGCUCGAGGGAGGGAACAGACCUGGCAAGGAGGAGCCGAUCCCCAAGAUAUUGGAGCCCGUGAUCGAGGAGUUGAGAACGGACGAGGCGAGGAAGAAGGGGGAUGAAAAGAAGCAAUGGACGACGGACGAGAGGAAGACGGGACGAAAGGUGUCGUUCUGCUCGUGGGAAGAGUCGAUCGCGGAUAGACCCCCCGUAUCCCCGCGCGAGGACAACUUCUCCACCGAUCCGCCAAGGAAACCGAACAGGUCCAACAAGAGCACGGAGGAGGAUUUUUCGGACCUCGUCCCCACGCCCCCUCGAAGGAAGAACAAGAGCGGCCUCGGCUCGAGGAAGGAAUCCGAAAUGACGGGGCAAAAUGACCACGACAGACUUAUUUAAUCGUCGUUAAAUGGGCGGCCGAUUGUAUAUAUCUUUCUUGUACGUAUAUGUAUAUGUUGUGUAUCUAUCCGUGUGUAUGUACAAUACAUGAUCACGUAUUUCAAUC